AAUUUUUAAAAAUAUUGAAAAAAAGAAUCUUUAAUUCAAUUAGUUUUUACGUAAUAUAAAAGUAUAAUUAAAAUAAUUAAUAUUUAACUUUUCGAUUAUUUUGAAUUUAAUUAUUAUUUUUACAUUACUAUAUAGGAAAGCAAGUUUUAGUUAUUUUCAUGUUCCUAGUGUGAAAAACACAGUAUGCUGUGAAAAGUAACAUUCCAAGUUUCCACAUUACGUAUUCAAAUCCAUCCUACUGGAGCAAUUUACCAUCAAGAGAGUAUAGUUGUUAAAGAAAGGAAUAAUUUCAACUCAUCAGCAUACAAUAAUAUGCAAAAUUUAAUGGCAUAAAUUAUGUCCUUUAAAGAUAGUGAGUUAAAAAGGUUUAGAAAAAUAUUUUAACUAAUGACAAUUAAAUUUUAAUAUUUUUGACGAUUUAAUAAAUCUUACGUGUUUCUGUAAUUAAAACGCAUAAUUUCAUUGUAAAUUUUUUAGUUGAGGCCUAAAUAUUUUAUUUGAGACAUAACUUUUUAGACAAUACGUUUUUGUAUUAUUUUUAUAAAAAAUUUAUAAAUAAUAAAUAAUUUAAUUUUUUACGCAGUUUUACUAAAAUGCGAUUUAAUAUGACCUUUUCUAAAAAAUGAUUUAGCUAAUGAAUGAAAAAUUUCACGAAUUAAAAAUGUUUUAUUCUAUCUUUGAAAUUAGAAAUUUGAAAAAAUGUUAAUUAUGCAAUUAUUUAUAAAGUUGUAAAAUUUGUGAGGUUAAACAUUGUCGUGUUACUUCAAGAAUUAUAUAAUUAUUGUGAUAAUUUUCAGGUACAAAGUUGAAGAAGUUGAGAGAAAAUUGGGUUAAAUUUUGGAGAGUAAGAUUGUAAAAUUAAUUUCAAUCAAUUGUAGAUAUAAAAAACAAGUAUAUACGAACAAACAAAUGAAUAAACAAAACUACAAGUAACAAUGUGUAAAAUAAAAUGAUGACUCGUUUGGAGUAACUGCGAAAUAUACCGACAUCAGGAGUAGAGAAAAGCCGGAUUUCAACGUAAAACAGAAAACUCACAGUGAAUAAGAAAAAAUCUUCAUUCUCAAAAUAAUAAUUAAAACCUCUUCAACACCAGAUAUUGUUCUCUAUCCAACGAAAGACUUGAUAUUAACAUGGCGAGAUAUUUCUUAUGAAGUUAAAACAAAAAACAGUGACAAUAAUUAUUACCUAAAAGUUUUUUUUGGCAAUAAUAAUUACGAAUAUACUCAAGUUCUUCAAGGGGUAAAUGGAAUUGUCAAAUCUGGGGAACUUAUGGCAAUAAUGGGUCCAAGUGGUGCAGGAAAAACGACUCUUCUCGCUACAAUAAGUAGAAAGAUAAAAGAUGAAACUGUUGGUGAUGUAUUUCUGAAUGGACAGCCAGUUGAUCAGGAAAUAAUGGCGAGAAUAUCUGGAUUUGUUCCUCAAGAAGAUUUAUCCAUUGAAACAUUAACAGUUCAAGAGCACAUGGAAUUCAUGGCAAGAAUGAAAAUGGACAGAAGAUUCAAAACUUUUUUGAGAAAACAACGAAUCACUGUUCUUCUAACGGAUUUAGGGUUGGUGAAGUGUCGCAAUUCUAGACUUUCAGCUUUAUCAGGAGGGGAAAGAAAAAGGGUUUCCCUAGCAGUUCAGUUACUAACAGAACCAAGAAUUCUUUUUUGCGACGAACCAACAAGUGGAUUGGAUAGUUAUGCAGCAAUGACAGUUGUUAAAACAUUAAGAGAAGUCGCAGAAAGAGGAAAGAUUGUAAUUUGCUCUAUUCAUCAGCCAGCUUCAGGAAUCCUUGAUCUUUUUCAUCAGGUGCUUUUACUUUCCACUGGAAGAGUUGCUUUCCAGGGAAAUUCAGCCGAUGCCACUACAUUUUUUGAAAGUUUAGAUUUGCAUUGUCCACCAACAUUUAAUAGUGCCGAUUUUUUUCUAUCUCAACUGUCUGUAAAAUGUGGUGACGAAGAGGACAGUUACAAGAAGGCAUCCUGGAUUUGUGAUGAAUUUGAAAAAUCAGAAUACGGAAAAAAUGUCGCAAAAUUGAUAGAGAACUCGUGUUCAAGUGCCUCAAAUACAGAAAUAAUUCAUCCAUCUUUUCUUGAAAAUUAUGUAUCAACACUUGAAUUUAAAAAAGUUCGAUGUCUUACUCAAUUGGAAUGGUUAACUUGGAGAAUUUAUAUUGAUUACAAAAGAAAUGUAUCUGUGCUUAUUAUCAGAUUUCUACUCUACAUGUUUAUAGGUAUUUUACUUGCUACUCCAUACAUAGCAGUAGCUGAAGAUUUGGACCAAAGAGGCAUUCAAAAUAUGCAAGGGCUGAUUUAUCUAGUAAUUACCGAAACUGUGUUUACCUUCAAUUAUGCUGUAUUUUACACUUUCCCUCGUGAAUUGCCACUUCUUCUACGGGACAUUGCAAGUGGUCUUUAUAAUCCUGCUCCUUAUUAUUUUAGCAAAGUUGUUUUCUCGAUUCCAGGCACAAUAUUUCAAACUUUAGCUUAUUCAACUUUGAUUUAUGUUGUUGUUGGUCUGAAUGGUGGAUUUUCUGGAUUUCUACUUUUCACAAUACCUGUUGCUCUCAGUGCAAUAUCUGCAUCCGCCACCGGAUUUCUUAUGUCAUCUGCAUUCAAAUCCUUUGAAACAGCAUCAUUACUAGCAGUUCCUAUUGACUUCAUUGGUCUUAUAUUUAGCGGGAUUUAUGUUCAACUAGGAAGUGUGCCAGCACAUUUAACGUGGUUAAAAUAUGUUUCACAAUUUUAUUACGGCACAGAAGCAGUGUCUUUAACUCAAUGGCGAGAAAUUAAUAAUAUCGCUUGUCCUUCGGAUCCAAAUGAGCCUUGUAUUUCAACUGGUCUGGGCGUAUUGGAUAAAUAUGGUUACAUAACCGGCCACUAUCAUCUGGAUUGUAUCGGACUUUUGACAAUUUUUACAGUAUGUCAUCUCGGUGGAUUUUUAGCAAUUUUACGCAGAAGUCAAGAAGAACCAGUUUAUUAAUAAUUAAAAUAUUUAUUAUUUAUUAAAUUCAGAAAAGUGAAAAGUUGGGAAUAGGACAGAAACUAUUGUCAAAGAAAAAAAAUGUAAUUCUAAGUCUACUAAAUCAAGAAUAUAUUUAAUGUAUUUCUCUAAUAUUGCAAGAAAAUAAAAAGAAAAUUAAAAUAUUUGAAUAAUUUCACUUAAUUAUUUCUUUUAGUACUUAUUUCUUCUUUAAAAAAAUAGUUUCUAAAGAAAACAAAAUUUUAUUUUUAAUUCUUAAUAUUAUAGUUAUAUUGAUCCUUUUGUUAAAAAUAUAUUCACGUCCUAUAUAUUGAAGUAUAAAAAAUAAAACUAGGUUCGAAAGUGAAAAAAAUGACAAUAAAGUAACAAUUGAAUAUAAUUUAAUAUUGCGCCUAUACAAUAUGUCAAAUGAGUAAAAUUACGUCGACCGCAUAUAGUUAAAGGAACAAAAUACACUCAGGAUUCUACCAUUCUAAAUACUUCACUGUUUUCGUAUACUGCUUAUAAAAGUGAAAAUGUUCUACAGGAAUUUUUCUUUUUAUCAGUGAAAGAGAGAGAGAGAGAGAGAGAAAAAAAAAAGACAGAUAAAACGUCUCAAUUAUUUACAGACUCCGCUAUCUUACAUAAUAAUACAGCGUUUUAAUAUAUAUACGUAUAUUUCUCGAGUCUAAAAGCUUUCUUUAUUAACAAUGAUUCGAUUUUCAAUUUAAAAUUAAUCGUCGAAAGAACAAUCAAAUUAAUAAUUAUGUAAAGGUUAAUCUUAACAAUAUAAGUCUCCUUAAGUCAUUUAUCUUAAUAUCAAGUUAAAAGAGUCAUAACAGACAAAGAAAAUCCAGAUUUACGAAUUUAUAUAAAUUAUUUUUAUCGGAAUGUCAUAAAUUCAACCUUCUAUUAAAAUAAUAAAUAUGAAUAUAAUAAAAACAUAAAAUUGUAAAUAGUAAAAAAAAACGUAAGAUAAAAAUUUUAAUUAACAUAUUCUUUUUUU